AUGAUCGGUGGUGCUAUAACAAAUGGCGCAGCUGCUGAAAUUGCUGAAAAGAAUGGUAUACCUCUAAUUAUGUAUUCCACAAUCUAUAGACGGAAAGAUACUGGAAUCGCAUUUCCUGAUAUGCGAAAAGGAACUUCGAAUGUAAUGGUUGUAUACAAGUCACUGCUAUCAAAAGCACACAAGAAGGAACGAUUGAUAUUUUCUAAUCAUACCAGAGAGACCGAUCAGAGAUGGGAUCGCGUCAUCUCUAGUGUUGAGUCAAGGUUUAUGCUUUUAAGCAAAGAUGGCAAUACUAGAUGUGAUAGAGGCUCCAUUAUGGUUUGGGGCUAUGUAUGGGCAGGAAGAGUUGGCCCAUUGAUAACCAUAAAAAACAAGCUUGACAAGUAUGCAUAUAUGGACUUGAUAAAAAGGAAGGUUCUUCCAUUUAUGGAGUAUCUCAGUGAGAACAAUGAUGAGGAGUUUAUCUACCAAGAAUAUAAUGCCCCUUGUCAUAAGUCUAAGCUUGCAGAAGAAUCUCAGCCCCAUAGAGAACUUAUGGGCAUAUCUUACCAGGAAAGUGAAGGCCAGAACCCCCUCUCCAAAAAUCUUAAUGGAUUGGAGAGGUCUAUUAAUAUAGUAUGGAAGGAUAUUCCGGUUGAAGUUUGCGAGACACAUUGCAUGACAAUACCCAAUCGCAUACAUGAGAUGAAUAAGGCUCACGGAGGGUCAACACAUUAUUAA